CGAGGAGAGGAAGAUGCCUCGGGGCAAUCUGAUCACCUCAGAGAGUGACAUUGCCAUUACAGUGGACAAUGCAGGUGAUGAAGAUGAAGUUUCCAGUUGUUAUGAAGAACAUGAGUGGGGAAAAAACAGGGUGAAAGGGAGAGAGAAGGAAAGAGAGAAAAAGAAGAGAGGAAAUGCAAGAAAAAAAGGAGCUUCUAGAGCAGGGAGGGGGGACGAGGAGUUAGAGGAGAGAGCUGAGAGAGGGGAAAAGGGGAGAAGACGUAGAAAAAGAGACAAUCAUGAUGGAAAAGGAAGAGAGAGGGAUGAGGAAGAACAGGCCGAAGAGAAAAGUGGCAGAGCAGCCAAAAACAAGAAGAAUCUCAAAAAUGAAAGAACAAGAAAAAUGGAGCAAGAGGAGAGAGACACCGAGGAGGGAGACGCCAAGAGAAAAAAGAAAAAUGAAAGUGCCAAAAGAGAAGAGAAAAAGGAAGAUGGUGGUAAACGAGCAGUAAAGGAGAAAGCAAAUGCAGUAAAGACAAAAAAGCACAAGAAAAAAGUUGAGACGAGCUCAGAGCAGGAGUCAAGCGAGGAAGAAGAUGUUGAGGAAGAGGAAGAGGAAGAGAAGGAGAAGGAAUUGAGGCCAGAGUCUCUGUCACCAGAGGAGUUGGAGAAACUGAAGGAAGCUGUGGACGAGAAGAAGAAACUGAUCCAGACUUUAAGGGGAAAACCUUGGCCUAUGAAGAAGAAACUCAGUACCUUACGGGAAUCUCAGGAGUUUCUGGAGAAAUAUGAGGGAGCUUUGGGGAAAGGAAAAGGCAGGAGGCUCUAUGCAUAUAAGGUCAUGAUGACCAAGAAAUGGAUGAAGUUUCAACGGGACUUUGAAAACUUCAAAACUGCCUGCAUUCCAUGGGAGAUGAAAAUCAAGGAAAUUGAGAGCCAUUUUGGCUCCUCAGUUGCCUCCUAUUUCAUCUUCCUGAGGUGGAUGUAUGGCAUCAACAUGAUCUUAUUCGGGCUGACCUUCGGCCUGGUCAUGGUGCCAGAGGCGUUAAUGGGGAGGCCUUAUGGCAGCAUGCCCAGAAAGACUGUCCCCAGAGCAGAUGAGGCCAGUGCCAUGGAUUUUGCUGUCUUAUGGGACUUUGGGGGUUACGCCCAAUACUCAGUGCUCUUCUAUGGUUACUACAACAACCAGCGCGCAAUUGGUUGGCUCAAGUUCCGUAUGCCUCUAUCGUACUUCCUGGUUGGCGUGGGAACAGUUGCCUAUAGCUACAUGGUGGUGAUUAGAACGAUGGCCCGUAAUGCCAAUGAGUCGGGGGGAGGAGAUGACAACAGCUUCAACUUCAGCUGGAAGAUGUUCACCAGCUGGGACUACCUGAUAGGAAACCCUGAGACAGCAGACAAUAAGUUUGCCUCCAUCACUACCAGCUUCAAGGAGGCCAUCUUAGAGGAGCAGGAGAGCAGGAAGGAUGACAAUAUCCACCUGACCCGUUUCCUGCGGGUUCUGGCCAACUUCCUGGUCAUGUGCUGCUUGGCAGGAAGUGGAUACCUCAUCUAUUUUGUGGUGCGUCGCUCUCAGAAGUUUGCCCUUGACGGACUGGACAACCACUCCUGGUGGGAGAGGAAUGAGGUGAACAUGGUCAUGUCAUUGCUGGGGAUGUUCUGCCCCAUGCUGUUUGAUGUCAUCAGCACCUUGGAGAACUACCACCCUCGCAUUGCCCUGCAGUGGCAGCUGGGACGCAUCUUUGCCCUCUUCUUAGGAAACCUCUACACCUUCAUCAUCGCGCUGAUGGAUGAGAUCAACCUCAAAAGGAAAGAGGAGGAGAUAGUCAAGUUUAAUAUGACCGUGUGGGAGGCCAGUCUUUAUAAUGGCACAGUCCCUGAAAACAGCACCGCUCCGCCCGUCACCAUCCACCCCGCUGAUGUACCCAGGGGGCCCUGCUGGGAGACCAUGGUGGGGCAGGAGUUUGUGCGGCUGAUCAUAUCUGAUACCAUGACAACCUACAUCACGCUGCUGAUUGGUGAUUUCCUGAGAGCCGUGCUUGUUCGCUUUCUCAACUACUGCUGGUGCUGGGACCUGGAAGCAGGAUUCCCGUCCUACUCUGAAUUUGAUGUCAGCGGGAAUGUUCUGGGCCUGAUCUUCAAUCAAGGAAUGAUAUGGAUGGGUGCGUUCUACGCCCCGUGUCUGCCUGCCCUGAACGUCCUGCGUCUCCACGUUUCCAUGUACCUGCAGUGCUGGGCUGUGAUGUGCUGUAACGUCCCACAGGAGAGGGUCUUCAAAGCCUCUGGCUCUAACAACUUCUACAUGGCUAUGUUGCUGGUCAUCCUCUUCCUGUCCACCCUGCCUGCCAUCUACACGAUCGUGACCAUCCCCCCUUCUUUUGACUGUGGACCUUUCAGUGGGAAGAGCCGGAUGUUUGAUGUGAUCCAGGAGACUCUGGAGUCGGACUUUCCAGCCUGGUUCAGUAAAGUGUUCAGCUACGCCUCUAAUCCUGGACUGGUGCUGCCCUUCCUGUUACUUAUGGUGUUGGCCAUUUAUUACUUACAAUCCACAUCCAAAAGCUUCAAAGAAGCAAAUGUGGAACUGAAAAAGAAGCUACAGAUGCAAAAUGAGGAGAAUAAGAAGAAGAGCAAGCGAGCCGCACUGAAGGCUGCAAUGGAUCUGGAGGAGGCCAGGAAAGCCAUGACCCAGGCUGCAGAGCAACAGAGCAACAACAACGCUUCACCUCAGGCCCAAAAGGAUGGGGGAGAAAACCGCAGCAGCAGUCAGAGGCUGCAUCAUGGUAAGAAUGGACGAAACGCUACCCCUCUUCUCACAGACCAAGAAGGACAACUUCCAGCGACCAGAGCCCCUGUCCCGAGGACGUAUCACCAUGGCAACCAUGGCGCUCCUGGUUACCUGCCUGGUAUCCCUCGGCAAACUGAAGCCAGAGUGCACAGGGCGCCAAGUCUGCAAAGACACUGA